UUAUUUACAAAUGCCUAUCACGUCUCGUGUAUAUUGAAAUAAAGCAACAAAUUAAAUCGCUAUAAUUACUUAUAGCAGUCAAGUUGUAGGCCUAAUGGCUGAAUGUACGUCAUGAACACUCUUGCAGGUACGAUGCGCCCGGUUUUACUGCAAUCUGCUUUUACUCGACGUUUCCUUAACCAAGGACAGCGUACGAGAUGGAAAGCCCUGAGAAGACAUCAGACAUCUCAUUACAACACUACCGUAUUAAAUUUUUGCUUUAUGGAAGGAUAAAUGGAGAUCUGCACAUUGUUAUGAUGGUGGUUGUAACUCUGCAUAAAUGCAAUCAUACAAAUUUAAGAAGAAGAAGAUAAUACUGCUUCACAAACAUUCAUAAAUGAUGUAUGGAGUUGUUUUACUGCAAAUUUUUAUAAAAAGAGUAGUGAUAUACCAUCAAAUUCUUUACCAGCUAUAGCAAAGUAUAUGGCUGACACUUCCAAAAAUGUGCUUGUGAUGGCUGGAGCUGGCCUUAGCACACACAGUGGAAUUCCAGAUUUCAGAUCUCCUGGAACUGGACUGUAUGAUAACCUCCAGCAGUACAAUCUUCCAUAUCCUGAAGCAAUAUUUGAUUUGGGUUUUUUUGUGAGGGAUCCACGACCAUUUCUUUCAUUGGCGAAAGAGCUUUAUCCUGGCAAAAAGUAUCGGCCAAAUCUUGGACAUUAUCUUGCCCGCUUGAUAAAUGAAAAAGGAAAGCUGCUGAGAAUGUAUACCCAAAAUAUCGACGGUUUGGAAAGAUUGGCUGGUCUGCCUCCAGAGAAAUUGGUUGAAGCACAUGGAGGCUUUUCCUCAGCAUCCUGCAUUUCUUGUUUCAAGGAGCAUGACCCUGAUGAAACGAGAGAAGCUAUCUUCCGAGGGGAAGUAAUUCGCUGCACAAAUGGGAAAUGUAAAGGACUUGUGAAACCUGACAUUGUUUUCUUUGGAGAGGCAUUACCAGACCGUUUCUUCUUGUACCAAGAUGAUGUUCUAUGGGCUGAUCUUCUUAUUGUCAUUGGUACAUCUUUGGAGGUAUACCCAUUUGCAGCAAUUGCCGAUGAAGUGCCACGUGAUGUCCCACGGCUAUUGCUGAAUAGGGAUGUAGUUGGCUCCUUUGGUAUGAGGAAGCAUGACACUAUCGUAACAUGUGACAUUAUUGAAGGGGUUACAAGACUUGCCAAGGAACUUGGUUGGCAUGAGGAGCUGAUGGAACUGUAUGCCAAACAUGAGCCAUGCAUGUGAAAAUGGUCACUGAGUUAAUUUAGAGUGGCAUCAUUAGUUGCAGGUACAAAAUGUAAUAUUGAAUAUAUCCAGCAGGCAGUUUCCCGUUUGCUGCUCAUGUAGUUGUUGGCAAUAUCAUGUUGCUGAGUUAUGUUAGAACAUACUAAAGUUGUAUUUUAGUAUGUUAAAUACAACAUAUUGUAAUACAUGUGAGUUUUGUGUAAAACAGAAUGAUUUAUAACUUGAGUUCCUGAAAUUAUACUUUGUCCAUCACAGAUAUCUUGCGGAAUCUGUGCUAAAAUUUGUUAGUGAUUUGGUACAUUUACACAAUUUUGCCAUAGUACAUAAAGAGUGUAUUUCAUACAUUUGUAUUUCCUUUAAGGCUGUAUUUGAUCCCUGAUAUUUUGUGUGACAUUUGUGGUAUUUUUAAAUUCUUCUCGUGCACUUAUAUAAAUCUUAAGAAGUAGAGGGACACUCUAACCGCAAAAUAAAAACAGUAAAGUAAAUAAAGAAUUUUUUGUACUAUUAUUGUUGUGCUUUAUCUCAGAUGUGUAACAAAAAUAGUAAUGUAAAUAGUAUGUAUGUAUCGAGCUUGUCAUUGUGAAACCAAUAAAAAUAUUGGUAAAGCUAUAAGCAUACAAUACUGCGAGUCAAGUUUACAGUGUUACUGCCUUUAAAUAAAUGUGCCUCAUCUAAAGACGUGUAUGAAAGUACUGUAGACUGGUAAAUAAAAAUGAAAUAUGUUUUAAA